AUGCACAGAAGAUGGGUGAUAGCAUAUGCAUCGCGGCAGCUGAAGUCGCACGAGACGAGAUAUCCCACACGCGAUCUUGAGUUGGGAGCGGUAGUGUUUGCUCUUAAGAUCUGGAGACAUUACAUCUAUGGGGUCCGCUGUACCAUAUACACGGACCACAAGAGUCAGAGACACAUCAUGGAUCGGUCGAACCUAAACAUGAGACAGCGUAGGUGUCUUGACGUAGUCAACGAUUAUGACUGCGAUAUCCUUUACCAUCCGAGUAAAGCGAAUGUGGUUGCGGACGCCCUGAGCCGUAAGUCAGCUGGAUCUUCUGUUCCAGCUGCAUGUAUGAGGAUAUAUGUGGAUUCUCCACUCGUGAGCUUGAUCAGGGAAGCUCAGGCUGAGGGUAUGCGGCUGGAGAACUGGAAGCUUGAGAGGAUCAUGGGUGAGAACACCCAAUUUGUGUAG